CUACAGUUAGAGAAAAACAGAGGAUGAAUUACCCUGCCAUUCCAGCUCAGCGCUUUAUUGACCUGGAUGUCAUCACCAACCAUUGUGUAGAGAUCCUGUGUGCUGAAAAUCCUAAUGUGUGGGGUCAUAGAAUUAUUGAAAUACUAGCUCAGGAUACUCUGAGUCAGAUAAGGCCGUUAGUAUUGGAACGAAUCUGCUUUGUACUUGGAGCCUACCUUAAUUCACCCCUGUGGAAAGUGGCGAAGUCUACAGCACUGACAGAGGCUCUGUGUAUCAAAACUUUUCCCCUGUGGAGUUCACACACAAUCCACCCUUUGAGGUAACUGCAGACCCCUGGGGGCCAGCCGUCGCCCUCCCCUGGGACACAGAUAACCAAGCAUACACCCCCGUUUUCAAUCCCUCCCUGCAACCGCUCGGGUCUGAAACCUUCCUGCGAAUUCCACCAGAACUGCAGGCCAAUUUUGACACUUGCAGUGCCUAUCUGGAUGACUUUGAGUUACAACCAGACAUGCUCAUAUCGAGUCAGACAGACUCACCCCCUAGUCCUCAGGUCGAGGGUGAACCAUCAGCACAGAAUAUUCGUGAGAUCCAGGCCGAUAUAUCACUCGUCACAGAUCCCCUCCUGACGAGAUAUCACCCCGAUCAGUCAAGCUAUUACCGGGACGACUCCCACUGCUGCUACUGUCAACUUUAUGGACACACCCACUGAGGGUCUCAUGUAAAUUUAUGCCGAUGUAACCGACCGGUAUGUUUCUUCAGCUGUGACAAAUGUAUUUCUGAUUUUGGUUUCAUAAACGGUCAAACAUGGAUGAUUUAGCAGAUAGAGAAUUUUCUUUUCUUCAGUCUAUAAACGACAUAAAUGAACUAAGCAGUGAUGAGGAAUUCGUGUAUGGAGAUAUGUCAUUUCCUCAGUGUUCGGACAAUAUCAAUGAGUUAAACGACGAAGAACCUCCAAUCUCAUCACAAACAAACUCAAGCCAUCCCACAACCUUAGAUAGCGCUUUGGAAUGGGUAUUAGCAUACUAUCAAAACGCUGACACUUACCCAGGUCUCGGGCUUUUAAAUCAGCUCGCAGACGGAGUAAGCCAUCUGAAUGGAGUAAAUAGCAUAGCUUCAACCAUUGCGGAAGCACCAGUUUCCAUCGUGCAGAAUGGUGAACACGUUAGUGACUCAGAAUCACCAGUUUGCUCCAUGCAAAGUGGUGGACAUGUUGAUCAGAAUGACACCCCGAAUUCUUCAGAAUCACCACCCACCUCGUUCCAACAUGGAGGGGGGGCUAACCGAAAUGCCACACCAAGUGUUUUAUCUCGACCUGUAUUCAAUAACACAGAACUGCGUCAGUCUCUAGUCCUACCCUAUCCUAAUAACGACGAAGCAGACUUUACAUCCUAUUAUGGGGUUCUGAUGAACAAUGUACAGGAUAUGGUAAAUUAUGCUUUUGCACAGGCAGAUAGGGAAGAUAUUGUUCAGAUUGAACUCCGGGGAGAGCAGCUACAAGCUAAUGUAUCAGCCAUUUUGAAUGCUAAUGAUGAUAAUCUAGCUGAUUUUGAGGAGGCCCUAUUCAAUGCUGUACAGUCAAAUUUGGAGGUAAUGGCAGAAAGUAACCUCGAGUUAGUGGUGCAAAUUGUACAAUCCCCCCGUGGUGGUGGUGCUAAAAGAUUGGCUGGUAAAAUGUUGGACAAUGAGAUUGUUAAAAAGAAGAGGCGUUUUCUGUACGUGGUACAGAAUCCGUCCAACCAGCUGUGUUUUGCUAUUAAUUUAGCACUGUUGUUGCAUGACAACCUCACUGAUAAAGAAGGUUUUGAACGUGGUAAAGAUAUUCAGAGGAGGGUGGGUUUGACAGAUCAGACAGCUGUGACAUUCAACGACAUUGUUAAAUUCGAAGAGAGUUUAAAAUGCAGGAUUGUGGUAUUUUACAGAGACGAUGAAGAUCGUACUCACUCAGCAAUGCCAAAAGCUUUGGGAUUUGAAGAUAAAAUCAAGGGAUACUUCCCACACAGUUUCAGCUCUAAGGCUAAUCUGAGUUAUAUCGGACCUUACCCCCCCAGCACACUGUUAUGGGAUUGA